AUGGAUGGUUUGAUACUGUUUCGUCGACCUAGGAAAAUUCCUAAGUCGAAAUUAUCAGAAAAUAAUAAUAAUGUUUAUAAACCGAGAGAAACAAAGAUUUCAAUCGCAAAAAAAAACUCAGCUUCAAACAGUCAUUUACCUAUUUCAAAUAGUAUUGUAUUUUCGUCUACUGGAACGACAAUAAAUUUCAUGAAUAAAAAUAAAAAUAAACGACAAGGUGAUGUUGCAAAUUUUGUAAACAAUGGAUUCGGCUGCCUUUUUAUAAAAGGUGGUAUGUUAAAUAAAACGUUUAAUGAAAUAGAAAAUGCUUCUGGUUCUCAUAAUAAUAAUAGUAAUAGUAAUAGUAAUAAUAAUAAUAAUAAUAAUAAUAAUAAUGAAUUUCAAUAUCCAAUCGAAAUGUGUAAUCAUUUUCAAAUAUCGGAUCAUACAGAAACAACACAUAAUUUAAAACAAUUAAAAUCCACUAAUACCACUGGUUUCUUUUCAAAAAAUAAUUUUAAUGAUAUAUUGGAAAUUAUUUCUAAACCUAUAAAACGAACACCAUUAUAUCAUGGUUUAAUAUUAAUAGCUCGUGAAUUAAGAAAUGCUUUAACUAGAACUAUCGAUACAAAUAUCAUAUGUUCCAUUGAAAAGAUACCAAGAAAUUUUCAACAAUCAUUAAAUAAUUAUCAAGUGAAUUAUGCAAUUAUUUUAAAAGAGAAACUAAAUCAAAAUCAGUUAAUUUGGUAUGAUUCAUCUGAAGAGAAUACAAUGAAAUUGAUAAAAUUUCAAAAGAAUUUAAAGUUUAAUGAGUUUUAUCAAGCAACAUAUGUAAAACCUGAACAAGUCAAAUUGUUGGAUUCAUACUAUUCAGGAGGCAGUUCGGUUUCUUUGGAAGCCUGCCAGUUGAAGUAUUUACCAGAUUUAUCUGCAUUUUAUGUGACGCUAAGAUUCCUCAAUCUUUCUAGGAAUUAUUUAGAGGACCUUCCAAAUGAUUUUUGUUUAUUAAACAAUUUGGAAUUUUUAUCAUUACGUUCUAAUCCUUUACAUAAAGUACCUAAAUCAAUUGCCAAAUUAAAACAAUUAAAAUCAUUGAAUUUAUCUUAUUGCUUAAUUGAAAAUUUAACUUAUGAAUUCUAUGAUCUAAAAUCAAUAGAACAACUAGAUCUAUCCUACAAUCGUCUUAUAUACCUUGAUAGUCGAAUAAAAAAUUUAGAGCAUUUAAAAGUGCUAAAACUUAAUGGUAACGAUUUAACUGGUAUUCCUCCUGGUCUUCUAUGUUUAUGUGAAAAAGCUUUGGAAAGUUUAAACUUAAAUGAUAAUCCAUUAUUAUGUUUAUUUCCAAAAGAGUUUAAAAACAACUCUUUAGUAGAAAUUCAAUCUUUAAGAGUAUUAGCUUGUCUGAAAAUGAGAGAUCUACUUAAUGACAUGAAUAUACAAAAUCAAGGAACUUCCAGAGAAAAGCCAGAACAGUAUAUAUUGAUUACUAAUUCAGAGGAGAACAAUGCAAAUUUCUUUGAGUUUCAGAAAGUCUCUGACAAAGAAGAGUCAACUAUGUCAAAUGAAUUAUUGAGUCCCAUUGGUUCUUGUUGCUGGUGUGGGAUGGAUAGAUACGAUCAAAAGAAUACAAUAUGUAUUCAUUGUGUUGAUGUAUUCAAAUAUUCAACGGUUCCAAUAUGUAUGUUAUGUUGUGGAAUUCAAUGUGUAACGGAAGUAAAACAGUGUAGUACGUCUGAACAAUUCGCAAAACGAUAUUAUAAAAGUUAUGAAAACUAUACAAAUAGAUAG